AUGUUGCUAAGUAUUGUUGAUAGCACUACAGAACCUGAUUUAACUGUCAUCCCUCUUUCAACUACUAAGAGAUCUUUUCCUGAAUUGGAAUUCAAUCAAACUGUUACGUUGCCAAUAUCAACACAACAAUCUGAAGAUUAUACUCCAACUACAGAAAAUUUUGAAGUGAUAACAAAAUCUGGAGAAGCUGAAAAUAUAACAAUUGAUGUAUUUAUUCCCAGCACUGAAAAAGCAACGAUAACAAGUAAUAAAUCUGAAACAGCUUUCGACGUAGAAGUGGCUGAAACAAUGCGCAGUAAUAAUACUGAUUUAGAAUUUGAUUACAAUAAUAAGAAUAAAGACAAAUCUGUUACAGAAGAAACUGAAACGACGACAAGGAUCAACAAAGAAGAAACAACAGUGACUUCAGAAAAAAAUUCAAGCACUACAUUCAAUUUAAGCUCUACAAUUAAUUCCGUAAAUUCUUUCGAUGAGAGCACUGAAUCAAUUGAUGGAGAGAUUCCAGUUUUUACAGAGUUGGAUGCUGAUGAGGCUGAAGAAGCAGAAGUUCCGGAGGAUUAUUAUGACUCUAAAGACGUUGUGCCAACUUCUGCACCUAAAACAGAUGCAUUGUCCGUAAUAUUUGGUUUCGCUGGUAGCGUCGUUGAGAGUGUGGUAGAGACUGUGGCAGAAAGAGUGGUACCGAAUUGGAUAUACGACAUAUAUAAAAGAAUGCAGAAGCAGAAUGAGGCUUUAGAAGCAGAAAGGCUCAGGAGUAGAGAAGAGAACGGGGGAUUAGGGCAGUUUGGCCGUGGGAUCCUGAAGACAAUAUCGUCAGGAAUCAGUAAGCCUUUCAGCCAACUAAUGGCUGGUGUCAGAGACAUUGGAUCCUUGGACAGUGAUCGUGGAUUCGUCAACAGUUUAGCUUCAGGCGUCACCAGCGUCGCGAACGUCGCGAAUUCCGUCGUAGACGCCUUUAAGGAUAGAGUUCAAGCUAUUUAUCCAGGCACGGUUUGGUGUGGCGACGGCCACUCUACAGCACGCUCCGGUGAGCUAGGUCUGUUCUUCUUUACGGACACCUGCUGUCGCCAACACGACGCGUGCAAGAUCUACAUCAGAGCUGGCGAGACCAAAUACGGCCUCACCAACACUGGCCUCUUCACGCGGUCCCACUGCAGCUGCGACGCCAGGUUCCGGGAUUGCCUACGGAGGACCAACUCCUUGGUGUCGGCCCAGAUAGGCCUCACUUACUUCAACGUGCUGGGUCCCCAGUGCUUCCGGAAAGCACAUCCUAUUGUGCGAUGCGUUCGGCGAACCAGGAUAACCGGUCAGAAAUGCGAAGAAUAUGAGCUGGAUUACACGAAGCCAAAGAUGUGGCAGUGGUUCGACACAGAGACAUUU